UUGUUAACCUUCCCGUGGUAGUCUGGCACGCGGCCGCGGUGUAUUCACGCGCUGCGGCCGCCAUAGCGCUGAUGUGCGGCUGAUUUAUGUGAUGCUGAUGCAACAUCGCGCGCCUCGGUCUCCUGUUAUCGUCCGUGAUGAUGCUCCAGGACGGAUCCACGCAGCUCCUCUGCCUCACGGCCAGCAGCGGGGUCCCGCUCUUCACCCGGGGCGCCUCCCGCCAGCUGCCCUUCUCCGUCAUCGGCUCCCUGAACGGCGUGCACAUGUUCGGAGGAGGGCAGGGGGCCGUGCUGUCCUCCUGCGAGACGGAGGCCGGGGGCGGCGUGGUGUGGAGGGUCUUCCAGGACAGCGUGAUGCUCAUCGCGGUGAGCAGGGGCGGUGGUAAGGAGGAGCAGGUCCGGCUCCGACGCCUCCUGGAGAACGUGUGGAGCUGCAUGGUGCUGGUUCUGGGCCAGGACGAGCUGGUCCACGUGAAAAACGUGGAGAGGCUGAAGAAGGAGCUGCGAUCCUGCUUCUCCCUCAUCGAUCUGCUGCUGGAGGAGAAGCUGGAGGGCAUCCUGGGCAGUCUGACCCACUGUGCUGACUCACUGCUGCCCCCGAACGCCUCUGUCCUCCAGGAGACCGUGGACGGCUUUGCCCGGGCCGCGGACAGCGAGUUCGGCUGCCUGAUCGUCCACGGCCGGAUUGCCUCCGCCACCGAGAAGUGGUGGCGUCUGGCCCCGCAGGAGGUCAUCCUGCUCUCGGCCUUCGUCCGGUCCCUGUCCAGCUCCGGCUCGGCGUCCUGUGACUACCCGGUGUUCCUCCCUCAGGGCAGCCCCACCGUCGCCCACCGGCUCCUCCGCUUCCAGCUGCUCCCGGGGGCGGAUGUGUGCGUUCUGUGCGGGCCGACGCCCCCCCUCCAUGAGGCAGAGGCCCAGCUGGUGGGCCGCUUUUGGUCGCCCCUGGUGGAGACCCUGAGGGAGUGCCUGGCCCUGGGAGAGCGAUGCCUUCCCGGAUCCGUGACCCUUCGGCCCGACGUGCUGGCCCUCCUGCUCAUCAACCGAGAAACCCGCCGCUCCGUCUGCUGCGUGCAGAUGUUCCCCCACCACCACACCCUCUCCAAAACCCGCCGCUGGGAGCUGCUCCGAUCCUUCUACACCUUCAGCACCUCCCGCUACUUCAGCCAGGAGGAGGCGGCGUGCGGCCCUCCAGAGGAGCGGGCCCUGGUUGGAGACUUCCUCCAGGGAUUCAGCCACCAGCCCCAGCAGUGCUACCUGGUCACUGAGGAGUGUAAAAGCUUCGGGCUGCAGACCCCUCAGCACCAGCUCUUCUUACUCAGCCCGCCAGAUGUUCCCACCUUCGCUCUGCGGACAGUGGCAACACAGACUCUGGCUGAUAUCGUGGCUGCAACAGGGUUUUGACAGAAUAAUCUAGAAUCCACCAUGAUGAAGAGAGGUGGUUUGUAAUGUGAAUUUAAAAGUAGAGCAGGGAUGGACCACUAUGUUCUUUACUGGGCGGGGGGGGGAACAGAGCUACUGUAUUUAACAUAAGAAGCAAAUUAUUCAGUCAAAACAUUUCAACGGUAACUGCAGCUAAAAAGGAUUUGAAACGUGGUUAAUUCACCUGCCCUAUUGCAUCAGCUCUUUUUGGAAAUUGGCACGUGGGUGUGUUUAAAUGAUCCCAACCAGAUCUGAGAGUUGAAAGUGGAACCUGUCUGAGUUUCACCGUGUGUCCACGAUAUCAGAAAGAGAGCACUGAUUGAACCUGCAUGAAUAAAUCAGAGCUGCAAUUUCACACAACUGCCGGGUUGUCGGGGAUUGACCGGAAAGCUGCAUGCUUGUGCAAGAAGUCUCAGGAAAUACCAGAAAUCAACACACGGGUGGCUUUUCUAACCCUUGUUGAGGUUUGCAUUAGACAUAAUGAUUCGUCAGAAAGAUGCUGCAUUGAAUUGACCUGUGUGGGAUUCAGUGCUUCCUGUUUCCCAUAAAAGGAUAUGAAUUGAUCAAACUACAGUAAUGCACAAUUCGGCUCUCGGAUUAAAAAAGCUGAGACCCGUGAAGAAAACGCUAUUUGCUGAAAACAGUGUGUUUACUGAGACAAAUACACUUUGACUGAAGCAUCUUUGGACGUCACCACUAUGUUUGAUUUAUAUAUCAUAUGCAUUUCAAAUUAAAAUCAUCUCUUUCUUAUUACGGACAGAGACAUUGAUAAAGAUCUGCAGGUGGCGCCUUCUCAGCCCAAGAGCAGACGGUUGGAUCCCGCAAGUCCCAGACUUGAC